AAACCCUAGUCCUACACACUGUCCUUGCCGUCAUUUCAGUUGCAGAGAGAGAGAGAGAGUGGGGCAAAAUGAAGUUCAAUCCUAGGGUUUCCAGUUCCCGCCGCAAGAGCAGGAAGGCACACUUCACGGCGCCGUCGAGUGUCCGGCGCAUCCUGAUGAGCGCGCCUCUCUCGUCGGACCUCCGCUCGAAGUACAACGUCCGGUCGAUGCCAGUCCGCAAGGACGACGAGGUCCAGGUGGUUCGCGGUACCUACAAGGGGCGUGAGGGCAAGGUAGUGCAGGUGUACCGCCGCAAGUGGGUCAUCCACAUCGAGCGCAUCACUCGCGAGAAGGUUAACGGCUCCACCGUCAACGUUGGAAUCCACCCCUCCAAGGUGGUCGUCACCAAGCUCCGCCUCGACAAGGACCGCAAGUCCCUCCUCGAUCGCAAGGCCAAGGGUCGCGCUGCUGCCGACAAGGACAAGGGGACCAAGUUCACCGCCGAGGACAUCAUGCAGAGCGUUGAUUGAUUUCUCGAUCGAUCUGUUGGUAUAUCGUAUCGCUAUAUUAUAAUACUUUUGUAGCUGCUUAUUUUAUGCCUUGUCUUGUUUGUCAACGGAUGAGGAAUGACAUUGUUAUGCUUGGAUGAUUUUGACGUGGAGAUCAGGGUUCGGAAUUUCUUUUUGUCAUUUUGAUUUAAAAUGCUUAUGUUACUCGGUGAUACUUUUUGGUUUAAUCCAAUUUGACUUUUUAAAA